AUGGGUGGUAUCACUAGCGGGUCAUUCAUCUGUUUCCUAUCGGCGCCCUUUGAACUUACCAAGGUCGAGCGCCAGCUAGAGUACUUGAUUUGGACGCAACGCCACGCACAGAAUGGGUUGAAGGCGCCUCCGUUUGUUGCACGUUCUGGUAUCAAAGCGGCACAAGAUAUAUACACAACAUAUGGCGGUGUGCGAGGCUUUUAUAUCGGGCUGCGUCUUCACUUAUUCCGAGAUAUGACCGGCUCAUCGAUCUAUUUCGGACUGUACGAUACUUUGCGGAUGAUGAGUGAUCGCCUGGAACCAUAUCGACAGCGAUGGGGAAUUCCUGCGCCGGUCGUGUCUUUCCUCAUUGGCUCGGCAAGCGGUAUCUUGUCCUGGCUCACCAUAUACCCAUUGGAUCUCAUCAAAACGCAGGUCCAGCGCGAUGUGCUUGCAGGGGCACCGCGGAGGAGUGCCAUGACUGUGCUUCAGCGUUUGCUGAUGCAGAAGGACAGCGAUCCGCAACCCAUGGUGAAGACCCGGAGUGUGUUGGAGUUGCCGAUAAGUCGAUUCCUCCGUCUUUACCGCGGUUUAGGCAUUAGCGCCUUGCGCAGUUUCAUGUCACACGGAAUUACGUGGAUGCUAAUCGAAAGCAUUACGCGACAUGUUGAGACGGAGAUGCUGAAUCAUGAUCUAGAUGUUUCAUAUGACUUUGUUGACUUUCAGUAA